AUGGACAUCUGGAACCACACCUCCCUAUCAGAUUUCAUCCUUUUGGGUCUGUUCAGCUACUCACCCUAUGAAUUCUUCCUUUUCUCCCUUGUCCUACUGGCCUCUGCUACUGCCCUGACUGGCAACAUCUUCUUCCUACUACUCAUCCAGGCCGACAGGCGCCUGCACACCCCAAUGUACUUUUUUCUCAGCCAGCUCUCCAUCAUGGACCUGACCAUGAUGGGCACCGUGGUGCCCAAGAUGGCAGCCAACUUCCUCUUGGGCAGUAAGUUCAUCUCUUGGGGUGGAUGUGCCACUCAGGUCUUCUUAGUGGUCAUGGUGGGAGGAGCUGAGUGCUUCCUCUUGGCAGUCAUGGCCUAUGACAGGUAUGUAGCGGUGUGCCACCCACUGAUGUACCCUGUGCUCAUGAACUGGAAGGCCUGCCGUCUGAUGGCCUUGGCAUCCUGGAUGGGUGGAGUGGCUGACAGCAUGAUUGACGUGGGUGUGGUCUUCAGUUUCCCGUACUGCAGCUCUCUCCAGGUGGACCACUUCUUCUGUGAGGUCCCUGCCCUGCUGCGGCUCUCUUGUGCCGACACGUUGCUCUUUGAGGACCUCAUCUAUGCUUGCUGCGUGGUCAUGCUGCUGCUGCCACUGGGGGUCAUUGUGGCUUCCUACGCCCGGAUCCUCAUGGCUGUGAUGAGGAUGCCCUCCACUGAGGGGAAACAGAAGGCUCUGACCACUUGCUCCACCCACCUGGCUGUGGUGGGUCUUUACUAUGGAGGAGCCAUAUUUAGCUACAUGCAGAGAGCCUCUGCUAGGACACCAGCAGGAGACCGAGCCACCUCCAUCUUCUACACUGUCCUCACUCCAAUGCUCAACCCACUCAUUUACAGCCUAAGAAACAAAGAUGUUAUGAGGGCCCUGAAGAAAGUGCUGAGCCGAUGA